AUGAUGAAUUCUGCCAUGAUGCAACAAUCCCCGCACCGGGAUGUCUUGGAAGCAACUCCAGACACAGAUGAUUCCAAAGCUCGAUUGGUGGAAGAGUUGCAGUCUAGAGGGCGAGCAGCUGUAGGUGCCAAGUCUUGGAUGGAUGCCAAGCUUUUGUACGAAAAGGCGUUGACGGUUGCUUCUGCGGAAAAACUGGCUGUAUUGGAGUCCAAUCUAAGUCUCGUUCACAAAAACAUGGGCAGUUUCGAAGAUGCAAGAAAGGCGGCAGAAAGAGCCACCGAUGCAGAUCCCAAGUUCGUAAAGGGAUGGUGGCGUCUAGGACAGGCUUUGCAAUCGUUGCAUCGUUCUGAGGAAGCUCUUGUUGCUCUCAAGAAGGCCAAGGUUCUAGAUCCGGCCAACAAGGCUCUAAUUAAGGAAUGUCAGAAAAUGGCAACGAAGGUGGAAGAGGAUAAAAAGCUGAUGGAGGAGGCUGCAGCAGCGGCUGCAGCUGCAGCCGCAAAUGGUGAAUCUACCACCACAACAGCAACAACCGAUACUUCUAAAACAACAGCAACUACAAAUUCGGCACCAGCUCCCGCUGCAAAGCCCAAACCUGUUGCCGAGACGAAGCCUUCGUCGACAAAAACUGAAGGUGACGACGGCAUUUUCACCAAGAGUGAUGCUGUGCGAGGUUACAAGAUAGUCAAUGGAAAGAAAACGUCCUAUUUCCACAAUGAAUUGUCGGAGGAAGCCAAGAACUUGAUUGGAGACAUUGCCCCCAAAAAGAUUGACGCAUCGACAGCUGAAGCGGUGGCAGCCCCUGCACCAGCUGGGGCCAGUGCCUGGAACAAGGCCGGAACAUGGGAGGAGAAAGAUCGUACAAAGUGGGCUGAGGAGUCGCUUAAGAAAAUGUUGAUGGAAACAACAUACUCGUUGCCAGCAUCAUCGCCGGCUCCUGAUGCCAAAGUGACCGUUUCCAAAAUUAAGAAACUCGAUGGACAUGCUAGUGUUGCGCGGGCGAGAGGCAAAACCCGGUACAUUUACGAAUUUCUGCUCAAACUGGAAUGGGAAUUGAAAGGAGCCGAUGGUUUGGAGUGUAGCGGAAACUUUGCAAUUCCCGACAUUGAUGGAACCAUUGAGUUAGGAGAGGGGUAUGAAAUUCACGAAUUCGUGAUUGAUAGCGUCAGUGACAACAACAUUCGCCCAUUGAUUGACCGAUUCGUCCAUCGCGGAGGAUUCCACGAAGCAUUGAACGAGAGUAUUGACAACUGGGUGCGACUUUUCAAGAAAGAGCAUGAGAUGUAA